AUUGCUCUUACCGGUCGUUGUUUAGAGCUGAUACUUACUCAUAUCACGUUUGUCUUUAGUUGCGUACAUUAAAUACGCUUAUACACGUGUCUUCCAGUUAAAGAUUUAAAGCAAAAAAUACUGUUUAUAUAAUCAAAAUCUGCGUAAUGACAGACUAAAUACGCUAAAGAACAAAUUACACAAAUUAAAAAAAAUGAUCAAAAUAAUACUUUUAAAUUUUUGUCUUUUGGGAAUGACCUAUUUCGUAUUUAGCGUUCCAUUUGGAAUUCGUCGUUUAAAUGAUGCAGUAUUCUCAAAUCCUCUAGGAACAAAACAAUGUAAAGUUUCCGGAGUGUAUUAUAAUCACAGUCAAAAGAUAUUAUUUACUGAUCGCUGUAAAACGUGUUUAUGUAUUGAUGGGCAAAUAUUUUGCUACUGGCAGUGCGAUGAAACUACGACGGAAGUAAUUAACGAUGUAUUAGCAGUAGAAGUCCAGUUCUCAUCACCAGCUACAAGCUUGUCAACUACUAUUGUGGAGUCUGAAGAAAAUCCUACUUCUACUAUAUCUGGAUUAUUUAGUACAAUGAAUAGCCCUCAACGGAAGAAAAUAAUUUCAAACCUUUCAAAUAAAACAACGAAUGAACAAUUUUGUGUAGUUAUGGGUGUCAAGUAUAAAUUAGGCAGUGUUCUUCCUAGGGAUACUGGUUCAUGUUUGGAAUGCCAAUGUGGACAAAAUUCUCAAAUAACGUGCAGUCCUAAAGAUUGUAUUACUUUAAACACUUUAAAUGAUGAAAACACUUCCGAACCAGAAUUUUAUGGCAACAGAAAUGAUGAACAAAAUAACGAAAAUUUUAAUUUGGAUAUGUUUGCCGUUAACAUCGUGUAAACUAUAUACACACAUAAAUAAUUAAGACAUGAAUAUUAUACACUUAGACAGAAAUAAAAUAUAAUUAAUGACUGAAUACACAUAUUAUUAUUGAAAUUGCUAUCAUUAGAACUACAUCUAUUGAGAAUAAUUAAAUAAUAAAUACAAUUAUAAUUAAAUUAUAUAUAUUAGGGUGGCUCUUAUUUUAUAAACUUUCAUUGAUCGAUCUCCAUACCCGUCAAUUUUUUUCGUUAUUAUAUGUAAGUCAUUCGGGUAAAGUUUAGUUUU